CAGUUUUUUGUUUCGCGUUUUCUCGCCGCUGCACGGAUGGCCAUCAAGAUAUGACGGCCUGGAAUGUCCUGCAGAUCCUCUGAGACGGUCUGCAGCCGGCCGACGGCCUCUUCACAGAAACACGCGGCUGAUCCCGUCCAGCUGCUUCACGCUGAGGCUGCAUCAGAUGAAACCUGCGGCUUGGUCACGUCUUUCCUGGAGGACGUGAAGCGGAAACUACUCGGAGCUGGAGCUGGCCAUCAACACCAUGGUGACGGAGUUCCACCGGGCGGCGGGUGACGGCCCCACCAUGAGCCCCACGCAGCUCCACGCCUUCAUCUCCACGCACAUGCCGCUCCUCGCCAAGGCGGCGCAGGGCGAGGAGGGACUGGACCGGGUUCUGAAACAGAUGGGAGUCCAGAAGGACCAGAACAUCUCCUUCGACCACUUCUGGACGCUGAUCCGCCACCAAGCGGCGCAGCAGUUCAGCAGGGCACAGAAAGAGAAGGGCGACAAGUUGAACUGCUCGCUGCAGUGACACGGCGCAGCCUGACCAGAGGGGGCGCUGCAGGACCGCAGGCUCACGCAGAAACUAUGUAGAAAAAACUACAGUAGUUCACUUGUUUGUGUUUCAAUUUUUGAGGGGUGACGAAAGAACAAAAACAAAAUCAAAAGCAGAUUGUUUCUUCAUCUGCUUUACUGAUGUUAAGAAUUAAAAUGAGGAAUAACUUGAUUUAGCUCGUUAAUUUAUUCCUCCGUCCUAGGUUCCUGUGUGUCUGCAUGUGGAGGGAGAAAAGAGCAAUCAUACGACGUCAGACUUCAGAUAUUCAGAGUUUUAUCCAAAGAAUUCAAUGCAAUACAGAAUGUUACAACAAGCAUCUCACCUAGAUUAUCAAAAGUCCAAGACAUGACAAAACAGAGACAAAUAACUGAGUAAAAAGACAAAAAAUUAACAGAAGAUGCAUCCUCCAGGAAACUCUCACUCAGCACAAAGAGAUUCGGACUUCUGCUGUAAAACAAACCAUUUUAUAAUAAUGUGUAUUCUCUUCAUUUAAAUAUAUGCAUUAGGAGGUGUGUUUUCCUUUGUGUGGGCUGUCUUAAUGUUAAUUUUAUUACCUCCUGCUAAAGAGCCCAAAGGCAGAUAUAUGGAUCGUCCAACUGGGUCUCUGCCGUACCAGGCGUCUCCUGCAACUCUCCCUGAGCUAAAUUUACGACCUCUGUCUGUUUUAGUUUUCUGCCUCAAAUGAUUCCACAAGAAAGUAGUUUGUAUUUUUAACCAAGCUUGCACAAAAUGUAAUGCUAAAUAAUGACAAUAAGUUUGGAUCUAAAACUAACUAAUUAAAAACAUGCAAAUAUAUUAAUAUGUUUGAUUAUAUGUUGUAACAGACUUUUAUAGUUUUUAAUGUUUGUCUGAACUAUUCAACCCUGAAUAAAGAAUUUAUUGCCCUGAUAGCCAAUACACUCCCUGUCUGAAACGCUCCUUAAGGAUAUAAGACUGCUUUCUGAUUAGAAAUUUAUGUAACUUCAGAGAGUCACCAGUUGUCCCAGUUUGGAUUUGUAUCUAAGUUUAUCUUAACGUAAAAGUUAGCCUGUGUACUAUUGUGCUACUUUAAAAUUCUUAUUUCAACACUGAGAACGUACGGAGGACCAAUGAUGACGUUAACAUUCAGUCACUUAAAUCAAAGUGAUCCCACAUUCUUGCCAGAAACUCGUGAAUAUUUCAUAUAGACUUGAUUAUGAAAGUUUUUUCUGUGCAGCAUUCCUCACAGCAACAAUAAACCUUCAAACUGAUCAACUGCAUCUUUUUCUGAAAUGAAAAAAAUAACAACUGAUAAUUAAAAGUCCACAAAAAUUACAUUAAAAACCAUCAAUGUUCAAUUUAA